AUGGUGGAAAAACUAGGGGUAAGCCAGACCUACAAGGUGCACGUUUUGCAGAAAUGCAAAUCAACACCCAGGUUUGCAAAACAUCUGCUUGGUGAAAGGCCCAGUGUUCGGUAUACAGAAGGGGGAAUCCUGCUGCAUGAACCUGUGCACUUCAAGAAGCUGACACAGUUUCAAAAUGUCCUUUCUGCAGCAUUUGGAAGUGGUCCUGACCAAGAAUACUUGGUUUCCUAUAGGAUGACAAAAGAUCAUGUCACCUUCCACAGCAUGAUGUAUCCUAGAAAAGGAAAUUCGUGCAGUUACCUUGUUCAGUUUUGUGCACAUGGGAGGAAAUGCUAUGGCAGAGUGGUUUGCUACAUCCUCUUCCAGAAUGUUGCCUAUGCAUUGAUCACCGAGUAUGGCUUGACUGGAUUAAAUGUUUGCCAAGACCUUCCUCUA